GAUCCUGUAUUUUUUGCUGGGAUUACUGGGGCUGGGUUUUUGAGUUCCAUUAGCAGUGGCAUUGCUCAGCACUUCCAAAGGUGGUUGCAGUGUUUAAAAAGCAAUUCACUUCACAUUACUUGACGUUUAAGUUUCCCACUACAGUAUAUGUAUUAUGGAGGAGAAGGUACCUGGCUUUAUAACUAAAUCAUUGUUCUAUAGGAGUGAUGGAUGGUAACAGAAACUGGGCAAAAUGUAAGCUAACCUGGCAAGAUGAGAAGGGAUUAACUGGGAGCUUAACUCUUUGCACAUGGUUUCUGUUAGCAUUUUUGCUCUCCUCCUAACUAUCUCUACUUUUCUCACAUGUGCCUGUUUUCCUGGCGAAUCCCAAUCAGCUAAAUGCUACUUUAAGGAUUUGUAAGCUUGGAGGAGUAGCUGGGUUUUUGUUCGAAAGCAAGAUUGUGAGUUGCCAUGAUUGCAUUACACUGCUCUAUACCGCCUAACACCAUGAAGAUAGUUACAGCUGGGCUUCGAGGAGACUGGUUUUCUAGGUGAAAUACUGGCACCUGAUCUGCUGCUACAGGGUUACAAUGGUUGACACAGAAAUGCCGUUUUGGCCCAUGAAUUUUGGAAUUAGCCCCGUGGAUCUGUCUGCAAUGGAAGAUCACACACAUUCCUUCGACAUAAAGCCGUUUACCACCGUUGAUUUCUCAAGCAUUUCUUCACCACACUAUGAAGAUAUUCCUCUCGCAAGAAGCGAUCAGACAAGCAUUGAUUAUAAAUACGAUAUCAAGCUCCAAGAUUGCCAAAGUGCAAUCAAAAUGGAGCCUCCUUCCCCACCCUAUUUUUCAGAGAAGGUUCAGCUGUACAACAAGCCUCAUGAGGAGACUUCCAACUCCCUGAUGGCUAUUGAAUGCCGUGUGUGCGGGGACAAGGCCUCGGGGUUUCAUUAUGGUGUACAUGCCUGCGAGGGUUGCAAGGGCUUUUUUCGAAGAACCAUCAGGUUAAAGCUGAUCUAUGACAGGUGUGACCUGAACUGCCGCAUCCAUAAGAAAAGCAGGAAUAAAUGCCAAUACUGCAGGUUCCAGAAAUGCCUUGCCGUUGGAAUGUCACAUAAUGCCAUCAGGUUUGGGCGAAUGCCACAAGCGGAGAAGGAGAAGCUCUUGGCAGAGAUUUCCAGCGACAUCGACCAGUUAAACCCUGAAUCUGCUGAUCUACGAGCACUUGCCAAGCAUUUGUAUGACUCAUACAUAAAGUCCUUCCCUCUGACCAAAGCCAAGGCGAGGGCGAUCUUGACAGGAAAGACGACAGACAAAUCACCAUUUGUUAUUUAUGACAUGAACUCUUUAAUGAUGGGAGAAGACCAGAUCAAGUGCAAGCACGCGUCCCCACUGCAGGAGGAGAACAAAGAGGUAGCAAUUCGCAUCUUCCAGCGAUGCCAGUUCCGCUCAGUGGAGGCAGUGCAGGAGAUCACGGAAUUUGCCAAGAACAUUCCAGGUUUUGUGAAUCUUGACCUGAAUGAUCAAGUAACUCUCCUGAAAUACGGGGUCCAUGAGAUCAUAUAUACUCUCCUGGCAUCUCUGAUGAAUAAAGAUGGAGUUCUUGUAUCUGACGGACAAGGAUUCAUGACACGGGAGUUUCUGAAGAGCCUGAGAAAACCUUUUUGUGACUUUAUGGAACCCAAGUUUGAGUUUGCUGUGAAGUUCAAUGCACUGGAAUUAGAUGACAGUGACCUGGCAAUAUUUAUAGCUGUCAUUAUACUAAGUGGAGACCGCCCAGGUUUGUUAAAUGUGAAGCCCAUUGAAGAUAUACAAGACAAUCUGUUGCAAGCUUUGGAGCUCCAGCUGAAGCUGAAUCACCCUGAAUCCUCCCAGCUCUUUGCAAAGUUGCUGCAGAAAAUGACGGACCUCAGACAGAUUGUAACGGAACACGUGCAGCUCUUGCAAAUCAUCAAGAAAACGGAGACAGACAUGAGCCUUCAUCCACUCCUACAAGAGAUCUACAAAGACUUGUAUUAAUGACCAUAGUAGUUCUGAUCCGCUGACAUAAUGUAUGUUCUUCAGAUUGCACUAUUUCUUGGAGGAAAAACUUUGCAUACCUAAGAAAUUACUGUGAAGCAGCAUUUAAAAAGAGAGAGCUUAGUAUAGUAGAUCUAUUUUAUGCAUAUUGUUUAUAAAGAUACAUUUACAAUUUACUUUUAAUAUUAAAAAUAUCUAUAUCAUAAAAUUGUUGGCAGUAUUUUCAGAAGUAAUUUUUUAAAUAUCUUAUUUCUUACAAUUGCUUGUGCAGUAUGAUCGAUGCUUCACGGGUUGGUUCAGCAUGCAGUUCCAUUUGCAACUGAGAAAUAAACAUCUCCUUAAACAUUGCGAGGGAAACGUU